GCAAUUAUCGUGGCGUCUUUUUCUUGCGCGAGACUGUCUUCGGUGGCGGAUGGUGAAAAAAAACUAGAGCGGAGAAUGAGAUUCAGUACGGUUCACCAAGGCCACGUUAACACGGAUGUAUCUCGGUUUGAUGGGUUAUUUUGACAUGUCUCUCUAUCUAAGCUGGAACUUUGCCCUUGUUUGAUACGGUGAUCAAGGAUUUCAUUAAUGUCGAUCAUGUUGGACGAUUUCCGGUCAUGCCGGUUGAGUCUCUCAGGCGUUUCUUACUUCGAAGACAUCUUGGAAGCAGAUGAAGAGUCUGCAAUGAUGACAAGAAAACAAGCACCGCCAAGUUUGCCGAUAGCCAACUCCACACAGAGAUCAGAAAGCACCAAAGCAAAGACAAUGAUGCCAGAAGGACCCAAGUCUAAUGGCAGGAUUCAAACGAAUGGCGGAUCACAUGAGGUUGAUAUGGUUGGUGUAUGCGAAGCAAAAGGCUACCUGCCUUCUCCGGACGCCAACCAGAAUCGCCAUCAGCUGCAGACAUCGAAUGGAAUGAGUGCAAUGUCCACCGAACAGGACGACGAAGGUGACAUCGUAUUGCGUUGUAAAUCCGAACAUGGAACCGUCGACACUGAUGGUGAUUCGUAUGCGGUGUCGGCAGAAAUUGUUGGAGGACGGUAUCCAUGGCAACAGGAUGUGAUGACGCAAUGUGGUCGCAAGGGCACCAGGAAUGUCAGCAUCCAGACAGAACUCACAGAGGUAUGUGAGAGGUGUUACACCGAGAGGGUGGUCAAAGGGGACAAUUCGUCGUCGAUUUUAAAUCGAGUGUUUCGCAGGAGCAAACUAUCCAAAUCUCAGAGCUCUGAAUUCAAACCAAUAGGAAAUGACCUUAGCUUCCUUCCAGCAUCUCGCCAUGCAAGCAUCAGUGUCCCAUCCACUGGAAGACCACUUGUUGAUAUCAGAGGCAUACACGAUUCCCGGGAUGUGAUGGGGUUGUCCAUGCCAAACAUCAAUACUGCGGAUUCGUUGACGCCAUCACCCUUCCCGUCACCGCUCCCCUCACCAGAUGUGGCGAAAAAGCAGAUUGGGAGAGACGUCGACAGCGCAAAUCCUACAGUUGUUCUCAGCUAUCAUCCAGAUGAUUCAGACUCAUUAUCGGGAAUUAAUGCAGGAAGUCAUGAUGAUUCGUCUGGGUCAGUAACAAGUAACGGAAGUUCACUCCGGGUUCCGUCGCCAGAAUUGCUCCAAACUAUCAAGACUUCUUACCCAAAACAUCUAAAGAUUGAGCCCGAGGAACAAGGUGAAGAUGAAGAGACCGUUCCUCCCCCUAGUUACCGAAGACAGAGAAGAGAUGCUGUCAUAUCACAAGUGGCACCCUCGGCCCAAGAUAUGGGUUCUGAAGAACACGAGUUGAACAAUUACAAGCCUGAUUCACCACCGCAGGCGACACGGAACUCCACCACGCCACAGAUGGACUUUCUUGUACCUACGGUAUCACGGAAACAAUCCAACGAGCAUCGGGCUAGUAUCAUGAGCGAAGCUAGUUUCACUUUACAAUCUGUUGCAGCCAAACAUGUUCAAGGUUUCAUAGAAUCAAGUGUACAAGGCCUUGAUAACCAUGUUGCGAGUGAAGAAGUGCAAGAUAGCAAGAAAAAGAUAGCGGCCAUGCUCAGGAAAAAGUUUGGAAAGCAAGAAAAGAGUGGAAUGGGGGCUAUUAUUUCAAACUUCAAGCGGCACGACCAAGAUGAACUCGAAUACGCUAUCUUCAAGGAUAAGCAUUGGAAGGACUUUAUAGAAUCAGGACUUGGUCGCCCUAUCGACACAUCAUCAAUCAACUCAGAAGAAUACAAAAGGCGGGAGAAAGUAUGGGAAGUGUUUAGAAGUGAAUGCGCAUAUCUCGUUGACCAUAUUUUAGUCUUGAAAGAGAUCUUUCAAGAAAGACUUCGCUGGCUUCAGUGUGAAGAUCAUCUCAUGCACAUAGAGAUUGUCAAACUCUUUGCCAAUGUCGAUGAGUUAUGUACGGUAAGUGCAAAUUUGUGCUGGGAUCUGGUCAACAACCUUUCAAGUCGACUUUCUGAAGGAGAAUUUGGACAAGCAGAUGCAAUCGUAGCUGCCUUUGCUACUUUUGAGUCACAGGUGUGUCCCGCGUUUUCAAGCUACUGUAUGAACUACUCUGGAGCCCUAUUAUACCUGGAAUCUCUCAAGAAGCAAGAUGACUUUAAUGAAUUUUGUAAGAUAUGUGAGCAGGACAGCCGAUGUAAAAGACUUCAACUCACCGAUCUUCUCAUCACACCUAUCCAAAGAAUCACAAAGUAUACAUUGCUGCUUAGAGAUAUCAGAAAGUGUACUUCACAAACCAGUGAAAAGGAAUUACUAGACUCCACUAUAACGUCUGUGGAAAGUGCAAUAGGUGACCUGGAAGGUAAGGUAGAAUGGUUGGCAAACUUUGAACGGGUGAGAGAACUACAGCAGAUGAUAAGCUGGCCUCCAGUUGAAGAAAUCGACUCAAAAUUAUCUGGCCUUGUUCCUGAUUUUUUGAAAUCCACCAUCGCUAAGAAAUCAAGAGAUGUCGUCUGGUUCAGCACUAAACGUUCAUUGACACAUGAAGGUCAUCUUCAAGUCUUUGAAAAUGGAAGACUACAAGAUGUGUAUGUCUUUUUGUUUGAUGACAUGUUGCUAAUCACCCGUAUGCGGCGUACUUCAUUCAACAAGAAGAAAUCACUUACAGACAACUCCUCACCCUUUGGCCAGAAUCAGAACUCUGUCCCCAAACACAGGGAUGGGUAUAAUUUCACCGUUUGUAAACCACCCUUUCCACUUGAUCGCCUGGAAAUUGUGGAUGUUGAUGCCAAACAGGCCAUGGCAAACGGGAUAAAGCAUUGCUUUGUGCUGGUACAGUUGAAUAGAUACGGACAGGUUCAUACUCUCUUUGCAUUAUCUGCACCUUCUGAAGCAAAACAGCAAACAUGGCUUGGACACUUACGGGAGUCAAAAACAAAAUGGAUUCGAACACUGCGAGGUGAUUCAAAGAGCAAAGACGACAAAGAUAGAAAGAAAACACUGUAGAGAUGAUUACAACAAUAAUGAUGAUAAUAACAAUGAUGGCAUUCUCUCCAACAUAACACUGUGAGGUGAUUCAAAGAGCAAGGAAGACAAAGAUAGAAAGAAAACAGUAUAGAGAUGAUUGCAACAAUAUGAUGAUGGUAACAAUGAUGGAAUUCUCUACAUCAAAACACUGCGAGAUGAUUCAAACAGCAAGGACGACAAAGAUAGAAAGAAAACACUGUAGAGAUGAUUACAACAAUAAUGAUGAUAAUAACAAUGAUGGCAUUCUCUCCAUCAUAACACUGUGAGGUGAUUCAAAGAGCAAGGAAGACAAAGAUAGAAAGAAAACAGUAUAGAGAUGAUUGCAACAAUAUGAUGAUGGUAACAAUGAUGGAAUUCUCUCCAUCAAAACACUGCGAGAUGAUUCAAACAGCAAGGACGACAAAGAUAGAAAGAAAACACCGUAGAGAUGAUUACAACAAUAAUGAUAAUAAUAACAAUGAUGGCAUUCUCUCCAUCAUAACACUGUGAGGGGAUUCAAAGAGCAAGGAAGACAAAGAUAGAAAGAAAACACUGUAGAGAUGAUCACAACAAUAAUGAUAAUAAUAACAAUGAUGGCAUUCUCUCCAUCAUAACACUGUGAGGUGAUUCAAAGAGCAAGGAAGACAAAGAUAGAAAGAAAACAGUAUAGAGAUGAUUGCAACAAUAUGAUGAUGGUAACAAUGAUGGAAUUCUCUCCAUCAAAACACUGCGAGAUGAUUCAAACAGCAAGGACGACAAAGAUAGAAAGAAAACACCGUAGAGAUGAUUACAACAAUAAUGAUAAUAAUAACAAUGAUGGCAUUCUCUCCAUCAUAACACUGUGAGGGGAUUCAAAGAGCAAGGAAGACAAAGAUAGAAAGAAAACACUGUAGAGAUGAUCACAACAAUAAUGAUAAUAAUAACAAUGAUGGCAUUCUCUCCAUCAUAACACUGUGAGGUGAUUCAAAGAGCAAGGAAGACAAAGAUAGAAAGAAAACAGUAUAGUGAUGAUUUCAACAAUGAUGACUGUGAUGAUGACAACAAUGAUUGCAUUAUCUCUAUUAGGCAUUGUCUUUACCUUGUUUAUAAUUUGGAAACUGGAACAAUUUCUCAAUUUACAUCUUCAAUAUAAUUUAAUUCACGAUUCUGUUUUAGUAGAAGACAAGAACAAUUAUUGCAAGUUAAUAAAAGGUAAUAAGGCCUAUGUAUUCUCUGAAGUGGCCUUAUGGUUAAUUGAGUCUGGAUUUAUGAACAAAUGAAGACCAACUUUUAUGACAUAGAAUCAUCAGUUUAGAGUAUCAGUAUGGAGCUCAAGUAAACAUUUUCUUUUAAGUACAACUCUGUAUUAAAAACAAUGAUGCUGUUAUAUCAUUAAUUAAAUGUGCACAUCUGAACAGUAGGAAAGAUCAGUUCUAGCAAAUUCAUUUGUACUCUUUUUUAAUAUAUAAAUGAAAGACAUAUGACUGACUCCUCCGAAACCCAUGCCUUGUUAAAUGUAUUUAUUGAAUUGUAUUCCAUUAUUUAUUUAUUGAAUUUAUUCAUUCCUUCAUUCAUUUUGAAUCCACCCAUCCAUCCAUCCAUCCUUUUUUUUUCAUUACUCAUUCAUUUCCUUUAGGGGUUUAUUAGAUUGGAAAGAACAUUACAAUAUUUCAUGUAUUGUAUAUUAAUCUGGAUCAGAGGGGCAGUAAAGAUAAAUAUACUGUAUUUAUGAAAAACAAUGCUAUACAAAUGAGGUUUUGGGGCCAUUUCCUCCACAAACUCUUAAUUACAAGUGUUUUUAUUUAAUGUAUAUUUUAUAGCAAGAGCUACCAAUGUGUCAAGUAAUGAAAUAAAUGUAUGCAUAAUUCCUGCUUGCAGUUUUAUACAAAAAGUAUAUCCGAGGCUAUAAUGAAACGUUAUGUUGUGUAAUCUGCUUCAAGUUGAAUGUUCAUCAACAAACGUGGCUAUCAUAUUUCCAAGUUCCAAGUAUACCUAAGUUGCCUUUUUCACAUUGUCCUCAAUACACAAAUAUAAUAGUGAGAAAUUUGGGACUGAAAAAUAAUUGUAAAUUUGCUCUUUAAGCUGUUGAUGUAUGCUACCAAAUUCUUUAAUUCUUUCAAUCAUAUUAUUUUCAUAUUCAAAUUUUAAACGAUGUCAUAAACCAAAAUAUCCUUCAUAUAAAGUUUCAAAAAGCAUGUUUUGGACUUAUGAUAAAUAUCUCAUGAAAAAGGCAAUGAUAGCAAUGCAUCAAUGUAAUAUCUUUAUUUUAUCAUAAGAAAAUAUACAUUGCUUUCUAUUCACCAAAACAUUUUUUUUUAAGAAAGAGAGUUUUACUAAGUACAGUCAUCAUGGAUAGAACAUCACUAUAUGUUCAUCAGCAUAAAGAGACCUAAAUUAAAAUCCACUUUCCCAUACAUGACCCUUAUUGUGAAUCAUAUUUUAUUUUUAGUGACUAACAGUAACCAGGAUGUUUAUAAGAUAAAUACAGUACUCAGUAGACAUGCUUUCUUCACAGUUUAAUAUUUUGUAUUCAAAAUGACAUUUUAUGUGAUAUCAAUAUUGUUGUCUUUAUUUUUUUUCACAAAUAAGAAAAUUGCGAUAUGAUAUUUGGGAAAAGUACAUAUUUAUUUUUUCAUUACCAAUGCUGAUUUUGACAAUGUACAUGUAUCUUAAGAUUAUAUUAAGCUCUGUUCUUGCCUGAAUAUAUCAUACAUAAUUGGAUUUCAUUGUUUUCAUGAUUGAAGUAUACAAACUCUACAUGGCAUAUUGAAAUGUAUUUUGUCUAGGUCACUAUGAAAAGCUUUAACUUUAAAUGUAAGUGAAAACUACUCCUGGUAAUAUAAAUGAAGUUGAUAUAAUUGUUCAAUUGUAUUUAUUAAAAAAAAAGAGUUUUUAUUUGUGAAGGUAGUCAGUAGACAUGGUUUCACUAACAGAUGGCAGGUCCAUUGGAAUUAAACUUAAUAUAUAUUUUGAUAGCAAAAAUAUUUUGAUGGUAUACUGUUGUGAAUAAAAUAGGCUUUAUUCAAAAUCAUGCAAACAUUUGCAAGGUUACAUUUCUUUCUUUUUUUGGCAUGUAAUGGAUUGAAAAUAAAUAAGCACUGAAUUAAAUAUUGGUAUUUUCUUUUGAAUAUCCUGAAUGUAUAAGUAAAUAUCGUUUCUUUAUAGAUAUAUAUGUAAAUUAAUAGCAAUAUGCAAAUUACACGGUGUUGGAGAAUCAAGGCUGAACACAGUAAAUAUAUAAGAAUUUUAAUAAAUUAUACUGCGUAUGAUCAAAGAUAA